AAGACUAAUUAGCAAAAAAAACAUGAACUAUGACUAGGUUCAUUGUACUGGAAUGCAGGACACGAGACCACUGAAAGACUUUAGUCCCAAAACACAAGAGAAUAUUAUUCCCAGUCCACCCUUUAAUUCAUUUUAGUCUAAACACAGCCUUGAUUUUGAAUCAACAAACAAAGGCCAAAACCCAUCGCCGGAAUAAUGAGUUCAGGCGAAUUCAAGCCGUUGGAUGAGAAGUUUCUGGUCGAAUACAUAAAAGCAACCCCAUCUCUAUAUCAAGUGCUGGGCAAUAACCUUCAUGACUUGCAGAUUAAAGAAGUGGGUGAUGGCAAUCUUAAUUUUGUCUUCAUCGUACAGACCUCUUCUGGUUCUCUCGUCAUCAAACAGGCUCUUCCUUAUAUACGUUGUAUAGGGGAAUCUUGGCCCAUGACAAAGGAACGUGCAUAUUUUGAAGCAAGUGCCCUAGAAGAACAGGGCCGUUUGUGUCCUAAUCAUGUUCCUGAAGUUUAUCACUUCGACAGGAGUAUGUCUUUGAUUGGCAUGCGUUACCUCGAGCCUCCACAUAUAAUCUUAAGAAAAGGCUUGAUUGCUGGAAUUGAAUACCCAUUUCUUGCGGAGCACAUAUCUGAAUUUAUGGCCAAGACUCUAUUCUCUACAUCCCUUCUGUCUCUCACUACGACAGAGCACAAAAGUGCAGUGGCAAAAUAUUGUGGAAAUGUUGAGAUGUGCAGGCUCACUGAACAGGUUGUGUUUUCCGACCCUUACAAAGUGUCUCAAUACAACCAUUGGACUUCCCCUUAUCUCGAUAAGGAUGCUGAUGCAGUGCGGGAGGAUAACUUUCUAAAGCUUGAAGUUGCUGAGUUGAAAUCAAAGUUCUGCGAGAGAGCUCAAGCUCUUAUACAUGGUGAUCUUCAUACUGGUUCUGUCAUGGUUACUCAUGAUUCAACUCAAGUUAUAGAUCCAGAAUUUGCUUUCUAUGGGCCAAUGGGGUUUGAUAUUGGAGCCUUUCUGGCAAAUCUUAUUCUGGCAUAUUUUUCUCAGGAUGGACAUGCAGAUGACAGAAAUGAUCGGAAGACGUAUAAAGAAUGGAUAUUAAAAACCACAGCAGAUACUUGGAGUCUUUUUGACAAAAAGUUCACCGCUCUUUGGGAUGGACACAAGAAUAGAUCCGGUGAUGCCUAUCUUCCUGAAAUUUAUAACAAUGCUGAACUGCAACGGAUAAUAAAACAUAAAUUUAUGCAAGAGUUGCUCCAUGAUUCUUUGGGAUUUGGUGCUGCCAAAAUGAUAAGGAGAAUUGUUGGGGUAGCUCAUGUGGAAGAUUUUGAGUCGAUCAAUGAUGCUGCUAGACGAGCAGAUUGUGAGCGGCUUGCUCUUAACUUUGCGAAGAUGCUUCUAAAGGAAAGAAGAAGAUUUCAGACCAUUACUGAAGUGGUGCUGGCUAUCCAGAAAUCCCAUUCAUAAAAACUUCUGUUGACAUUAUGGUUUCUAAAUCUACUGAUGCCUCUGUAAGUGGUUUGACUCUUCAAAAUAAGUCUGCUUCAAACUCAUGGAUUUGUGUCCAAUGUGGGAAAAUUGUAUACUGUAACAGUGAGGUCUUCUUCCCAUCAAAAGGUAUGGUUGUGAGAAUCAAAAGAGGAACAGAGGGGCAGGCUUAACAACAUAAGUAAACCUGAACUUAAUUGUUCUCACACUGCAGAUAGUAAAUGCCUGUCAUGCACUCUUUUAUCAUGAUUCUAUGCGAACACUAUAUAUAAACAAUUUGUGUUCUAGACCA